AUUGGCUGAGACGCAGGAGCCAAUGAGAAGGCGCGAUGUUGACGGGGUCUUAAGAUGGCUGCUGGGCGACCCUUUCCUGACAGCUCCAGUUAAUGGGACUGCCAGCAGGCUAGACAUCCUUCGCCGGAAACUGCAGCGCAUAGUUCUGUGCCCGAGAGGGGAUUCUGCCUGUUUUGGGAUUGGAGUGGGGCAUUGCCGCCAGAAAGCCUGCAGAAUUCCCGGUUGUGCAGCCAAGCGGGAACAGGUGUACCUUACUAGACCCAUCCUCUUGCAAUCUUGGAGCUUAAGAAAAGAUGUGGAGUGGGCUGCUACCUCCUGGCCUAAAUGAAAGUGAUGCUGAGUCAAACUCUGAAGAUGAAGCUACGUUGGAGAACUCUGGACUUAACUUACAGGAAGAUAAAGAGGAUAAGAGCAUCAGAAAAACAGAAAUCAUAAAUUUCUCAACAGAUGAACCACAAACUGAAACAGAGUCAAAUGUAAAUGCCUAUGAAGAGUGUCCUUCUGGAAUUCCCGUAGAUAUGUGGAAUAAAUUUCAAGAAUUGCAUAAAAAACAUACUGAACAGAAAAGCACAACCUCAAGAUUCAGAGGGAAAAAAAGAAAACGCUCCAGAAAAGAUAAAUUGAAGAAUGAAAAAGAAUCUCAUGGUGAACCGUCCUCAAAUGAAACCCAAUGGAAGGAGCUUACUCAGUAUUUUGGAGUCAAUGAUAGAUUUGACCCACCUGUUAAAAGGAAAAAAGUUGAGAAGUCAGGCCUUGAAAAGAGGAUAGACCAGGCUGUGGAGGAGUGGAAUAUUGAGAAGGCUGAGGAACUUAGCAACCAGCUAGCUACUCGAGAGCUUGGUGUAAAAAUUGCCAAAGCAGUUGCCUGCCACAACUUUGUAAAAGCCAAAAAGGAGGUUGAAAAUUCACAGGCUGCCCGAAAAAAGAAGAAACUCGCAUGGGGAUUUGAAGCAAAGAAGAGAUGGGAAACCAAAAGCAACAUGGGAUACAUGUAACUCGCCAGAGUGCUUCAAGACGUUUGUAGACUGGGAUGCUCAAUUUACUGAGAAUGUUUUCCUGCCUGUGUUAAUACGUCAGAAAAUUGAUAGCACUAAAACAAAAAUAAGCAUAAAAUUUGGGAUUUUGAUUAUCAGCUCUUUUCAGUCUUUCUUUAAGGACUUUGUCCUGUUGAAGUGAAUAAAAUGAAGCAUUCUGUUAUUUGUAUAAGAAAUGUAAGAAAAAAAUAUAGAAAGAAGAGGAUAGGAUUUUGUUUAUUUAUUUGUAUGGAUGGACCCUCAGCAUAAAAUCACUUUGGGCGCUUUUCAUUCAUUUGGUUUAGCAUGGCCAGUGAGCUUCUCGUACUUAAUUUUUUUUUUUUUUUUUUUGAGACAGAGCCUCACUCGCUCUGUCACCCAGGCUAGACUGCAGUAGCACGAUCUUGGCUCACUGCAACCACUGCUCCUGGGUUCAAGUGAUUCUCAUGCCUCAGCCUCCUGAGUAGCUGGGAUUAUGGGCGAACGCCACCACGCCCAACUAAUUUUUUUUUUUUUUUUUUGUAUUUUUAGUAGAGACGGAGUUUCGCUGUGUUGGUCAGGCUGGUCUUGAACUCCUGGCCUCAUAUAAUCCACCUGCCUCUGCCUCCCAAAGUUCUGGAAUUACAGGCAUGAGCUACCAUGCAGGCCUUGUAUUUUCUUAUCUGUACCCAAUGUAACUACACGUUUACUGGAACUGUGUUUUUAAGAUUGACAGUUGUUUAUAAUGGAUUAGUUGUAAGUGCCAAAAAGUCUCAGUUGAUAUUAUCUUUACAAAUGACUUGACCUUAAUGUUAUAAAAGUAGUUACUUUUUUUUUUAUUGGAGGCAGACUUGAUAUUUCAGAAUUACAUAGUAAAAGCAAUUUAUUAAUUUUUGUGUACUUUCAGAUAAACUAUUACAAUAAAGAAAGGGGCAGAAUAUAGUAUUUGGAAGAUGAUUCAAAUUCAGCAAUGCCUAGAAAUGUCUUCCUAAGUAUCUUUCUCAGCCAUGUCAUUCUUUAAAUUAUGAGAUGGUUCUUAGAAGAGAAAAAUGGUGUAAUUGUAUUAAACAGACAAUUAUAACUCAAGAUAAUAUAACUUCGAACCUUCUAAGAACUGAUUUGUUUGGUUUUCCUCUCAUUCCCCAUUCUUCCUUAAAAGAUUGAAUGAAUUAAUGAGCCGAAAGAGAGGAUUGGUAACAUGGGAAAUCAUUUUCAUUAGAUGUACAUUUCCUGGUUCUAACAGGAAAGGGGCUCAGGGAAAUCAUAAAACAAGCAGGUGAACAAGACCAGGUGUGUUGGCACCUGCCUGCUCAGUGCCCAGCAGAGGUAAAGAACCACUCAGCAUAGUUUUCGUCAGUUCACCCCUUUUGUCGUUGUCAGAGGUUUCCUACCUGUCUGAUAUAAACCUUCUCUGGGUUGAUAAUAUAAAUUCAGAAACAUAUAAAAUGAAUCAUGAUUAUAAUUAUAUUAUUGUUAUUUUUAGACUUAAAAUGGUAACAAAAUUUUAUUAAUUUAUGGUGGCACAUUUAAUGGCUUUUUUUCUAUGCUCUGGAAUAAGAGAACCUAGCUACUAUUUAAGCAUCCAAAAAUCAUAUCUUGCUUUCACUUAGUUGAAAAAAGCCAGCAUAGAGAAAGCAAAGUUUUAGAAGAUUGUGUCAUACUAAUUCAGUAUCCAGACCAAAUGUUGGAAAGUCUUAUUUUAUGAUUUAAGGAAAGUCUUAUUUUAUGAUUUAGUAUCCCUUGUUCCAUUUUAUAGAUACGAUCAUGUAAAACUUACCUACAAUAUUCAUUUCAAACUGCUAAAUUAGGUAAAUACAGACUUUUAGUAUAGAAACCUUUCCUCUAAAAAUCUAUUAUGGGGAAAUAUUCAUUAUACAAUCCAGUGGUUUUGUCUGAAAUCCUAAAAAUGUUGUUUUUGAGCAGGCGAGUGGUAUAGAUAUUCUCACACUUGGGGCCCCAAUAUGGGCAUUUCCCUUUGACUUCUGUCUCAUUUUUUUUUUUUUUUUUUCUGUUUCUACUCCUUAGAGCAUUUAGUGACCAGUGACCCCUGCAGGCAUGUUGCACUUCCCAUAUUGAGGCCUUGCCGGAGUGGCCUCCUGUAGGGUCUGACUUGGAAUCCUGUCUAGCCAAGGAAGCCCUUCUUCAGCCUGCUCCAAUGCCUGCAGUUGCCCCCUCAGCGCCCCCUUGGGGUUCUCAUGUAGAUGGGAACAUUUUAACUAAGCGGAAGGCAGGCAUUGCAGCAGAAUUAAGUGUAGCGGGGGCUCAUUUAAUAAAGGAAGCCACGUCUCCCAAAUCCUCACUCUUUUCGGGCAUGGGUUGUGGAAAGCUCGAAAACAUUAUGUAUAGCAGAAGAAGGGGUUGGAGGGAAGAUUUGUGGGGAGAGGUUGUCUUGGGUUGGCUCUGCUGACAUGUCAUUUGAGAGCAGUUUUAUCCUUUCUAAUAGCAAUUACACAGUUUGCUCAUAGGAACAUUAUUCCUUGAGUACACAUGCUGCUCAAAGGAUGUAGUCAUUUGUCCAUUCCAUUCUAGUCAUAGCAAAAUAAGGAUUCUUUUUGGCUCAGUAAUAACUUUGGUUCCUAAAACUUCAAUAUGUGCAUUUACUACUACCAGAAUGCCUGAGUUAGAUCAGUACUGUAAACGUCAGUUAUUGUUCACUGAGAUUAAUAUGUUUCAGGCCAUUGGGUAUGGAAUUAAUGGAACUAUGAUUUACUCUUUAAGUACUUUAGGCUAAAACAACAUACUAAAGAAUAGUAAUUUUGAGCUCUACAGCACUGGUUCUGAGAAGUAAAGUUGGCAGUGCAUUCUUGUUUGGGAGCCCUCAGGAUGUUUCUGAUUUUCAGCAGAACAUUCUAUGUCUUUCACCGAAAGGAGAGAUUGAAUAUAUAAUCUUAGGUUUGCUAUAAUUAGUUCUGAUGACAGAGUUAAAUACCUCAGCCAAGACUGUAAAUCAGUACGUAAACAGGUUUCUGCAACUGAUCAUAAAUCUCAAACUCCAUAUUUUAAACGCACUUAUUUUUUUAGGCUGACAGAUAAGGGAGCAGCAGGCUAAGGAUAGGAAUAAAAUGUUACCUGAACUUUUAACUCACAACUUAGAACUCCCAUUAAAAUCUUCUGAUUUUCUUUAUACCUUUUGUCUAAAAUAUUAUCUUUUAACUAUUAGCUUAUUAAUAACUUUAAUAAGACAAGUUUGAAUUUAAUUCUCAAAAAAUGAAGAUAUAAUUUAUAAAGUGUCCAAUUUUUUGGUAAGACAUUACUUUUUAAGAAUGUGUAUCUUGCUAAAGAUAAUAAAACAUUGUCUGAGGUGGUUGUUUAAGCAAAAUGAGAACUGUACAUUAUUUUUUAAGAGAUGAUAAAGUUUGAGGAGGCAAGCCGAUGUUAUGUCAGAUCUCAUUUUGAAGUUAGUGAAAUCUAGUCUAAUCCAGAACCAACUGAAUCCAAGUUUUCCAUUUUGGCAGAAGUUGCUUUUAUUUUUAGUAUCUGGCAGAGCAACAAAUGCUUUGCAUGUCAGUUUAAUAUUUUUUCCUGCCAACUGUUUAUUCAUUGGCUUAAAAUUUACAGUCUACUAAAGUCUUAGCUCUGACUUUCAUGAAACAAAUAGUAAUAUUUGGACAAAAUAUGUACAUGAAAAUCUUUUUCCAGAACCAAAUGUAGAUUGGUAUUUGUGACAUCAGUGCCUUCUAGCAUGGUGACGGGUCGAAAAGUACUUUGAAAAGUCGAAGGCUGUGUAAACCCACGGCAGUACAUCUCAAGUGAUUUUUAUUACGAUGUAAUCAGAGUAUCUAGGUUUUCAAAUUUAAAUUAGUGGGUGACUUUAUGCUAGAAAGUAGAAUAUGUGUUAGAAUAAGUUUAUCAAUAUAUAUUCUUGGCCUUUGUAGGAUACUGAGACAAUAAGGUCCAUUUUUCAUUUUUGAGGUUGGGGCGCUCUAUAGAUUUUGAUAAAAUGUGCAGAACUGCAUUCUUUAAUCUUUAUUAUUUCAUCCUCCCUCCACACUGCUUGUUUUAAAAGAAAAAAAUACCUACACACAUUUUCUAGUGUUAACUGCUGUAAUCAGCACAGACUUCCUGGGAAGGGAUUCCUGCCUUCAGUAAAGGACAUGACAGCAUGUGGCCAGUGGAGAUUGCCAUGAGGAAACUUGGAAAGGCAUCGAACCAUUUUGCUCUAAUGUAAAAGUGAGGUGUGUUGUCUCUUUGGUAUCUCCUCCUACUCCAUUGUGAGUAUUCUGGAGGUGUCUGUUCCCUUUCCGGAAUUUCUUCAAAUACAGCGAUGCUUCAGAGUAGCUUCCUGCCACAUUGGCUUUCAUGAUCUCAAUCCCUGGAACACAGCUAUAGGCUUCUGGGAGACAGUUUAUUAAAUACCAUGCAGAAUGCUAUGUUUUUAGAGGUGCAUGUAAAAUCAAGAAUUAGCUGAGGAAUAAUUAUGUUUUUAUUAGUAGUAGUAGUAACUCGUUUUUAGAGUCAAGUAAAGUUUGUUUUCCAGGUGAGAUGACAUUUUUAAGAAAUUGAAUUUAAGUAUCUGCUUUUAUAUCCGGACCAGGUUUCUCAAGGAAACAGAAUACAAGGGAAUGAAAGGGGAAGGGAGAGUAAUGCCCGAGAGAAACCUCAGCUCCUAAGUGCUCCCCUGCCAGGUUUCCCCCAUGCCUGCCCACUGGCACCGUCCUGGCAGCUCCAGCCCACACCCCAUCCUGGGCCCUGGGCUGCCUCUCGCUGAAUAGCUGCAGGGGGCCUGCUAUGUGACAGGUAUGAAAUGAGGUAAUCUUUUUCCACCUCUAAUUUCUGAAGGGUGUGUCUGUCCAGUUUUUACUUGUUCAUUGAACUUAAAGCCUUAGAAACCAACAGCUACAAUACAAGCUGUAAUUAUUGAUGUCUGUUUCAUAUUCAUCUGUAAGUUCUGGCAUGUGAUCAAGAAGUUAAUAUAUCACUUCAUCUUCAGGCUGAAUGUGUCUCAGCUAUAAAGGUUUUAUUGUUUGAUGGAUAGCAUACAAUUAUGACUGCCCACAAUAAAAAGUGUUUUCAUUUGUAA